AUGGAGUUGAUGUUCAUGUUAAGCACCAAAAUUGAUUGUGGCCUAGAGCCGCCCUUGCUCGGAGGUAUGCAAGCACCCGGGGCACCGAAAGCUCGACUCGAUUUCCUAAACACAAGGCCGCCUCCGAAUUAUGUUGCUGGAUUGGGCCGUGGUGCUACGGGUUUCACUACCCGUUCUGAUAUUGGGCCUGCCCGUGCUGCCCCUGACCUCCCAGAUCGUUCAGCUGCUGCUGUUGGCGGCGCUGCACCGGCAGCUGGCGGCGUUGGCCGUGGCCGUGGAAAGGGUGGUGCCGGAGAGGAAGACGAAGAGGAUGAUAAUGAGGAAAAGGGUUACGAUGAGAACCAGAAAUUCGAUGAAUUUGAAGGUAAUGAUGUAGGGUUAUUUGCUUCUGCUGAGUAUGAUGAAGAUGAUAAAGAAGCUGAUGCUAUUUGGGAAGCUAUUGAUCAGAGAAUGGAUUCGAGGAGGAAAGAUAGAAGAGAAGCUAGGUUAAAGGAAGAAAUUGAGAAGUAUCGAGCGUCUAACCCAAAGAUUACUGAACAAUUUGCUGACUUGAAGAGGAAAUUGUAUACAUUGUCGAGUGCCGAGUGGGAUAGUAUACCUGAAAUUGGGGAUUACUCGUUACGAAACAAGAAAAAGAGGUUUGAGAGUUUUGUGCCUGUUCCUGAUACACUUUUGGAGAAGGCUAGGCAGGAGAAAGAGCAUGUAAGUGCAUUGGAUCCGAGGAGCAGGAUAGUUGGUGGCAUGGAGACACCUUCAGCGCAGACGCCCGUUGCUGAUUUGACUGCCGUGGGUGAAGGGAGAGGAACUGUGUUGUCGGUGAGGUUGGAUAGGAUUUUGGACUCGGUUACUGGACAAACCGUGGUGGAUCCUAAGGGAUACUUGACUGAUUUGAAGAGCAUGAAGAUUACUAGCGAUGCCGAGAUUUCGGAUAUUAAGAAGGCUAGGUUGUUGCUUAAGUCGGUUACUCAGACAAAUCCGAAGCAUCCUCCUGGUUGGAUAGCAGCUGCUAGACUGGAGGAGGUUGCGGGGAAGAUGCAGGUAGCGAGGCAGUUGAUAAAGAAAAGUUGUGAAGAGUGUCCUAAGAAUGAGGAUGUUUGGUUGGAGGCGUGCCGUUUAGCGAGCCCCCUUGAGGCUAAGGCAGUGAUUGCUCAAGGUGUUAAAGCAAAUCCUAAU